UCAGUUCAAGUUCACCAUCGUAUACCUAGUACCUCUCAUACUUGUAUAUAAAUUUCGCGAGAAAUUCAAUUCCAAGUGCACUCUUAUAAUACACUCAGGAGGAAGAGGAGGAGCACGCUAUAGAAGAUAAUCUAAUAUACACAUCCCCAUAUACAUCCAAGCACAAUAUAUUACGUAGUAGGUACCUACAAUACGUAAUAUUUUAAUGGAAACAACGAUGAUGAGGCCGACUUAUGCUACAACGUAUUUGAUGUUUAUACUGUUGCUUUCACACAUCCAUACCUCUACUGCGAUCUUCAGUGCACUAGCAAGUAUGGCCAAGGGCUUAGCCAGCGCAGUAGGUUUAACACCAUCGACGGUUACUCUCAGUUCAGAUCCCAACGUUGCUUUGAAACAAUUACCAGAAAUACUCAAACAACGUAAGCUCCAAGAAGUCGAGGUAAACAUAGACGAGGCGUUGAAAUCAGAAGCUCAGAAAAUUUACGAUCUAGUUGAUCGAGAGCUAAAGGCCAAGUUACCGAAACGAACCGAACCAUUGGUUUGAGAAAUAAAACGUCAUUAUGGUCUGAAUAAAUGAUCGAAUUUUUA